GACUACCAUGUCGGCGCAAGAGUGUCCUGGGUUAAAUGCAUUCAUUCCGCCAACUGUGGAGAUGAAUGCAGGGCACUACGAAGACCUAAUUGCGGCCAAAAAAGGGCCUAUUGUGCCAAAGGAAAAGGUUGUUGAGCAUCUUCUCAGUGGGAAGGCCCAGCCCAUGCACAUGUACUUCGCCCCUGCGUACUUGGCCACCAACCAUUUUGAUUGGAUGUUCUCAAAUAAGGUCACCGAGAUUCCUUACCUGACCCGCUUUGAACCAUACUACAUCGCCCGCAAAUCUCUUCCGUACUUUGAUGAGACAUUCAUCAACCGUGGGGGUAACUACGCCGAGCAAGUGUACGAGAUGGCCGCUGGCGGCUAUCGCUUCUUCCGGUUGCCGCACGCCUUCACUGUGGACAUUCCCCAUUCCAAGGUCGAAGAUACCGAACUGGCGAAGAGUACUAUUUCUACCGAUAACCUGCGCGUGGACGACCAUGAGCAAUUACACGUGGACAAGGAUGAGAACCGUGGUCAUGACGAGAAGGACGAGAUCUUGGCUUCGAAAGAGGAGAUCACAAGGAUCGAACCAAAGGCAGAUCCGGAUGUGCUACAACAGGUGCAGCAGCCCCCACCGGAUAAACAGCCGGAAGAUGAAACUCAAACAGACCCCGACGCAUUCAGCUCGGAAAAAGGAUUCGAAAACGAAACUAAACAAAACAUUCACAACGAAGACUUCACCACCACCCUUUGGGAAAACCUGAGUCAACUGGUCGCGGAUCGCUACCAGACUGGUGCCGGUCAAACAUUCAUAGGAACACGGCCCACCAGAUGUUAUCGCCACAAUAUUGGUCACUUCUCGGAGACCUUGUGGGGGCUGUUCAAAGGCGAAAUAGUUCCCAGCGAGGUACCCAAACGCUUUCUUGACCGCGUGUGCUACAAGAAGUAACCACGAGCUCAGUAGUUCACAAAUGAAAUAGUGUCAAGACUGACCGUUAUAUAUAUAAAAUCUCUUGAGAAUGGAAGAACAUCUUGGUUUUGGUCUAUCAAGUGGACGUUGCUAUGUGUGUGCAGUAUCAAC